AUGCCCAACUCCUUGACCAUCGCUCUCAAAAAUGACAGCGACCACAACAACCUCCACGCAUACGUAACUGGCAUCGCCAUUCAGAACGGUGGGAGACGCUGCCUAUUACGAGCCGAUGGAAGAACUCUCUACUACCCCGAGAGUCCUCCCUCAAUAGGCUCUCCGUUGGCUGAAGACUGCGCCAUACCGCUCGGACAUCCUGGCAACACGACUCGCAUCACCAUUCCUCAAAUUGCCGGAGGUCGCAUCUGGAUCGCCGAGGGCAAGUUGACCUUCUUGCUCAAUCCCGGCCCGGCGCUCGUGGAGCCUAGUGUUCUCAAUCCCAGCGAUCCUAACGCUGCCGUCAAUUUCGCCUUUGCCGAAUUCACCCUCAACAACGACCAGCUGUAUGCUAAUAUUUCUUACGUUGAUUUGGUGCCGCGAUUACCUGUCGCCAUCACUCUACUGCAGGCUUCGGGCGCUGUGCAGCAUGUGGCUGGCAUGGCGCCGAAUGGGCUGGAUAGACUCGCGCAGGAUCUUGAGGCUCAGUCGAGGCAGGAUCGUAGGCCUUGGGAUAAGCUGAUCGUCAGGCACGAACAGAGGAAUCUGCGCAUCCUCAAUGCAACACAUGGCAAUGCAGUCGGUGCCAACUUUGACGGCUACUUCGAGCCGCACAUCGAAGAAGUAUGGCACAAGUAUCGAUCGGGCGCAAGGAUGAGAAUCAACACUCAAGCCGGCCCAGGCGUCGUGGAAGGCCACGUCCAACACGACAAGCUCAUCAUCGGCGGCGAACCCUUCGACAAACCCAACACAGCCGACGUCCUAGGCUGCAACAGCGGGCCCUUCACAACAGGCAGCUCCGCAACCCGCAACGCCAUCAUCCCCCGUCUAGCCGCAGCCUUCGUCCGCUCCACGCUCCUCGAUGCCGAAGACCAGCCAUCCGAUCCCCGCACCUUCUACCGCCGAGAUCCGACGAAUCACUAUGCUCGUUUGGUCCAUGUGCACAAUUUAGAUGGCAAGGGGUAUGCGUUUGCGUAUGAUGAUGUGCAGCUCGAUGGAGGCGAGGAUCAGAGCGGCAAGGUCAAUGCUGGGGACCCGUCGCUUUUAACUGUUACUGUUGGCGGGAAGAGUGCGGCGAGUCUUGCGAGGAAGGCUCCGGCUCCGCCGCCACAGCAGCAGCAGUAUAUGCAUAGUCCUGCUCAAGGGCAACAUGGUACGCCUCAGCAGAGGGAGCAUCAUGGGGUGGCGGAUAAAUUGAAGGGGUUUGCGGAGAGGGUGCUGAAGUGA